AUGGCUACUUGGGCAGAUAUCCGGCGUUUAGCGGCUGAUCUUCAACGUGUGCAGGCGGCCGAUUCUGAGAAAAAGUAAGUGUUCAAAUUAACAUUUAUUGUUUCAAAAACAGGCUUUCUGAGGCGAAUUGCAUUGAAGUAAUUACGAAGCUAAUCAACAGUGGCGCCAUCGACAUAGUUGUUGCGUCGAACGGGAAGGAAUACAUCACAAAGAAGCAUCUGAUAACUGAAAUUGAAAACGAAUGCAUUGCCAACGGAGGGAGGGUUACUGUAACAGAUCUGGUGGCAUUGUUGAAUGUCAAUUUGGAGCACGUAGAGACGGCUACGUCUGUUUUGAUCAACAGCUCUCACGAAUACAUACUAUGUGCUGGAGAAUUACUUGCCAGGUAAUGAAGACGUAGUGUGCAAUAAUUUUACUUUUUAGGGAUUUCAUUAAUGGAUUGUGCAAACAGUUGAAUGAAAAGUUGAAGGAAACUGGACAACUCUCCAUGCUGGAACUUUCCAAAACUUGGGAUCUCCCUACCGAUGUGUUCAAUCACUACGUUCUUCCAGAGUUGGGCACCAAGAUUGAUGCCAAGAAGGUGGAAGAUCAGUUGUACACCAACAGCUUCCUCCAAAUCCAAACAAACAAAUUGAGAGCUUGUUUGGCGGCUUUCAGCAAGUAAGGCAAUGAAAAUAUUAUUUCUUUUCUAGGCCGACGUCGUUGUCAUCAAUAUUUUCGGCAUUUUCCAUUCCCGAAUCCUUAUUUUUUAACAUUUGGAAUGGUCUGAUUGCCGAUGGAAAGUUGAGUGGCCAUGUUGUAGGCGCCAAAAACAAUCUGAAAGCCUAUUAUGUCCCGAGAAUGCAUGAAAUUCUGGUCAAGUCAUUUAUCAAAAAGACGUUCGAAUCAGAAGGAUUUAUCGGUAACUUAAUCUUAUGCUGAAUUUAACUGAAAAUUUAUAGCUACUUCUCUGCUGAAGAAGCUCUCCGUAAAUGACGCCAAGGCCUACUUUAAGGAUUUGUUUUCAAAAAAAGUGUUGGAAUCGAGUUUGUUUUUGGAAUCCGGAGUUGUCACUCAAAGUUUAUGGGCCGAUACGAUCACCAGUGUCCACGGUAACAUAUACUUUAUAAUUAUUUGAAAGCCAUCGAAAGAGACCCCCGGUUCGGGGAUCUCUUUCGAAGGAAACCUAAUUAUUUGGUUCAGAGGAGUUAACGGCCAAGCUCUAUGUAAUCGUGGAAGAAAUUCUUCCCACUGUGCUAUCAGAUAUGUCCGAAAAGGACAUUGAUCUGUUAUACGCAGACAUCAAAAGGAACAAGCCUAAUGUGAAAUCAAUCAUUGGGGAGGUUUAUGUCUUAUACGACGAUAAAAUUGUUGACCAAGCCUUGGAGAAGGUGAUUCCGACUGUUAUUGAGAAGGCCAGGUCUGAUGCCCCUUCUAUUAUUGACAAAAUAAAAGAAUUCAAGUUAUCACAACAAAACGUCCAGAAGAAAGCAGAGGAAGAUGUAAGUAUUACUGAAAUCUGCAUUGAUUUUAGGACGACUGGGGGUCAGGAGGCGGAAAGAAAAAAGGAAAAAGCGGCAAGAAACAAUCAACGACAAAAGCGAAGAAUACUUCCAACAAUUCCCAAGGUAAUUUGACAGCAUUAUAAUGAGUUUGUUAGCAGAUUACUGGAGUCUCGUCACCUUGGAUAAGAGGGAAUUGAGAGAAGAUCUUUCCGCAAUAGCACACGUUCCCGACCUCUUGCUUGACGAGAUUAUCGAUGAACUUUUUGUUCAGACCAAUAAUCGAUACAAGGAAGAAGUGGAGCUGGCUUUGACAAGUGUUGAUAGUAGUGCGAGCAAAGACAUGAAGAAGUUGAUCGAGGAACGGAGACUGAAAGCACAACAUCUCUACGAUCAACUGCUCGUGUUCGAACAGAGUUUGGAUGAAUUACCCGGUAUGGUAAUCGCUUUCGUACUGAUUAUUGUUUUAGAAACACUCGCCCUGGAUCUAAAGUCAUAUCUCACCAAGUCUAUUUGCCUCGAGAUUUGUCAACUGAUGUUGUCUACAGUAACCGAAUGCCCUUCUUCAACUCCACUUUCCAACAAAGUUAGAGAUGAGCUUAUUAAUUCGAUCAAGGAUCCUGAGGCCAGGGAAAUUCUCUCUGCCCUUUUUGCCAGUACCUCCGAUCUAGCACAAUUCCAUGAUUCAGUCACCGAUCUGCAGAAGAUAUCGAUUAUGCUCAGAAUUCCGGACAAAAAGAAGAGAACCGAGACGUUCGAGAGUUACAAGGAGCUUCUUAGGAAAAGGAUAUCAGAAGAAACUGAUCCUCCAACUCUCCUUUUGACCUGUAUCCUCUUCGUCUUCGCAACUAAAAGGGGCAUAGCCAUAACAUGCACCGGGAAGUUUGUUGGGCAGCUGAUCAAAGAAUUGAGUGCUGACUCGGGGAAAAUCCCUAACACAUUAGUUGAUCAACUUCAAGAGACACAGAAGUUGGUUGUGGAUUCGCUAAAGAAAAAGAAUGUAGAUCAAGAGCUGAUGGAUAAGUUGACUCAGAAAGCGGCCGAACUGAAAACGUCUAUGCUAGCUCUUUGA